ACCACAAUGGCUUGCGCACUAACAGCUUUGCAUUAAACCCGGACGGUGAUUGGUACGACAUAACUCGAGUGGAUGCUGCCACUUUGCACGCCUUUCUAUCCACGAUUGCGGUACUACGACAGCUGCAACUCGGACUCACAAAUUCGGUGGCAGUAGUACAUCACAGAUGUGCGGCUAUACAGCACAUGAAUGGGCGGCUUUCUGAUCCGGUUCAACGGCUCUCAGACUACUUAAUAGCCGCCGUUGCUGUUCUCGUUAAUGCAGAGGUAGCUUCGAGCUUUCUCUUAUUUUUCAAAGCCGUCACGGGGCACUGACAGACUAUUUCAAUAGGCUAUGGAGAGCAGUUUCGAAUUAGCAUCGCUUCAUAUGCGUGGCCUGGUAUCGAUGAUUCAAUUGCGCGGUGGCCUCGAAAACUUUAAUCAUUUGCAGACCUUACAGAGAGUUAUAACAUGGGCAGAUUUUUGUUUCUCAUCCACAUGGUCUUUGCCCCCUUGGUUUCCCCUACUCGACUCACUCUCUCAACCACUCGUACCAUUCGACCGGCAACACCGCGUGCGUCAUGUGCAGCCCGUUAUGGGAAAGAGGUUCCUAAAUAUUUGCGAACCCCCUGAAUCAUUGUUAACGCUUCUCGAUAUGCUCCGAUCAAUAUCCCAGUCUAUAUCCCUGUUUCCAACAAUCGGCAGCGACCGAGUCGCUAUCAGUAAUUCCAUUUACGUAGUGGAGUAUAAACUUCUCUCGAUCCAGCACCUUCAUCUUGGACGACAGCAUGCCAAGAAUCAGAUCGACAUCUCGGAAUGCGUAAGCUUAGCGGCUCUUUUGUACCUUCAUCUUGCGGUCCGGGAGCUGCCGUUGAAAGCACAUCGGCAUAAACAACUGAAGGAGAGACUAUUUCAUUCCUUGCCACAUGAUCAAAACCUAUCCAGUGCUGUGGGCUCCGAAACCGAUCUGACCCUCCUUCUUUGGGCGUUUUUUAUCGGUAUGGAUACGACUACACGUCAGGAGCCGCAGGAAUCUCUCAUAAAGCGCAUGAGCGAGUUAAGCACUGUACUGUGCCUCGAAAAAUAUGAGGACUUUAUAUCGGCCUUGAAGACUGUAUUAUGGAUGGAUCAAUUUUGCGAGCCUAGAGCUAUUCAUCUGUGGGAUGAAAUCACACUUCGAACGCGUGAAACUAUGCAGCUGUUCCACUUGAAUGUGGUGUAUUGAUUGACUGUGUAUAUAUCAGUGUCAGUUUAUCACUAGUAGUAUUUCUGAAUCACAUAACUCUAUAUCAUCAAAUUGGAUGUAACUUUCUGCCGACUACCACCAACCUGAACUCUGAAUAACGGAAAAAAAGAGCCUUCGGGAUAGCAACAAUAUUAUCUACAAGCUAUAGUUAUCCCCUCCAACUAUGCUCGAG